AGCUGAACCCAGAGAAGGGAGAGGACGAAGGGAACUGAAGAGAGACAAACAGAGUAGAAGAAACAACAAAUAGCUGUUGCAGUAUAGUGCUUCAGGCUUUGCUAGCUCUCAGAAGAACAUUCUUAUCUUUCAUUGAUAAUUAGUGCAGAAUUUCUAAAAGUCAAAAUGAGAAGCAGCAGAAUCAUUGUCAGCUCCAUCGUGGUGCUCUUGGCUUUCCUGGCCAUCAGUGAAGGAAUGGGGGUAGAGCUGCACUGCCGCUGCAUCAUGACAGAAAGUAAACCUAUCGGCCGCCACAUUGAGAAAGUGGAGCUGAUUCCUCCCAACUCCCACUGUGAGGAGACUGAGAUCAUUGCCACACUGAAAAGGACAGGUGAAAAAGUUUGCCUGAACCCUGAGGCUCCUUGGGUGAAGAAAGUGAUCAACAAGAUCAUGUCCAGCAAUGGAAAGAUCUGAAGAUACACAAGAGAUGUCCUUCAUGAAUGAGCUUUUGUUGACCAACCAAAACUGCCAAAAAGUGUUCCUUUGAUCAAACGAUCAUCUAUUCUAUCACCACAUAGCAUUCCCUUGAAAAACUGUUGAAAAUAACUGAAUUUUUGUUUGUAUCAAACACCUUAUUUGUUACUUUAGUAUCCUGCUCUAUUUGUAUGUCAUGCAGACAGGAAGGCUACUCCUAUUUUCUUGCCUUUUUUUUUGUGAUAUUUAUGUAUUUAUGUUUAUAAGUGUCUAAAUUCAGUUUUGUAUUUAUAGAAUAAAAUGUCAACUUGAAA